ACACCGGUCAUAUCAGUCAUACAAGCCUGAUGGCUGAUUAUGGCUGAUAGUAAAAGUCAGAAUACAUUACCACUUAUACUGUAUGUAUGCAGCCUUCCCUUGGGUAAGGCUAGGUGAUUGUAUAUUAGUAAUUGGUUUGAUUAAUAUGUCAGUACAGUUGUUUAAACACAAAUGCUUAUCAGUUUUGAGUGCUCAAUCCAAUCCCUAAAUGCUGAGCUCAAGAGGAGAUAGAAAUAUCAAAGCGAGUCUAACCUAAAACCAUAUAAGGUAUUUGAUAAGUGAUCACUAUUUUUUAGUUCAUAAAUUACGUCCAUUAAUUGUCAACACUAAUCUCUGAUACCAGAAUGCAUAUGACGUAUUGGUUUGGUGUAGACUUGGGAACAUUCAUGUUCCCUGGCUACAACGUUACGACGACAUGGGGCCUGAUAGCUACUUGCUUAGGACUGGGGAGUCUUGCUAUUAUUUUUGAAGGAAUGAAAAUAAUUCAGAUUAAGCUGCGACAAAGGACGCUUGCCUCGUUACCAUCUGAACAGGGUGGUCUGAGCGGUGAAGACUCUUCUCUUUUAUCAAGACUUUCAAGAAAAACUUUUGUGCCCUCAGCCUUCCCAUAUUGUCAAAGUUGGAUCAGCUGGUUUUUGGAGGUACUUCACUGGUUUACGCAUACUACCCUUGGCUACUUGCUCAUGCUGGCUGUGAUGUCUUACAACGCGUAUUUCACUAUUGCUUUGGCAAUUGGAGGAGGUCUUGGAUUUUGGAUUUUUGGAGCAGCCAUUCAACAACUCAAUAUGCUUCAAUUUACUGACAAACGCAGGACUAUACAAUGUGAUUCUGAAUGCUCUGAUGCAAUAACAAAUACGGAAAGACGGCCAUCAACAAUGUCUGUGGAUGAGGACCAGCUGGCAAGAGAAACAACGGUAGAAGUGCAUACAUAAUCCAAUUACAGAGGACUAGGUUUGAUAUAAACUCAUCAUACACUAUUGGUUUUAAUGAGUUUAUUUCACACUCUUGCCUCGACUAACAAUAAAAGGGCACCAAAAACUACGAAUAUUCGAAAUAAAGUAUAAAAUGUAAAUUCAGGGCUGGGUAUUACCUCACAUAUACCUAUACUGUUAAACAUGGAUAUAUUGUAUAUAAAAAUAAUGUACAUAUUAUGAAAUUAUCAUAUCAUGUAUAUAAUUAUAUACGAAAUUUGUUACGAAAUUGAAAUAAUUAUAUUAGCAUUAUAAGUUUUACAUGAACUGAUCUGAAUCAGCCUAUUAGAAUAUAUUCAUUUGUUUCACUCGCAA